AUGGUUGAAGCUAUGAGACAAAGCAUCGCUGAUAUGAUCAAGGGCAUCGAAAGAUACAACCCCGUUCACUUGCCAACAUUGGAGCAGUAUGUUGAUGUCCAAACACGAGAAAAUGCCUACGAUUUAGAAGCUAACUUAACUGUGCUUAAAUUGUACCAAUUGAACCCUCAGAGCUUCAAGAACGAUGUUACUGCUCAGAUUUUGUUGAAAGCUCUCACCAAUUUACCUCACACUGAUUUUGUUUUGUGUAAAUGUCUUUUGAGUGAAAAAAUUCACUGGGUGAAGAAAUACGGCUGGCAAGAGCAGAGUAAAAAUGUUAUUUUUAUCGCCAACCAGGACGAGAACAUCAAAACUAAAAACAUCACCGAGAAAAUUGAUUUUGAGAAUGUCGCUGGACUUAUGGCUGCUUGUCUCUAG